CCAGCUGUCAUGAGAGCGAGAAGAUACACCCAAAUCCCCAACACACGACGCCUAAGCAUCGAUCUAAGUGUCGACAUGAUCUAGUCGUCCUCCAGUCCCAGACCCAGCCCCUUCAUCAGGUCCUGACGCGACGCCUGACCGCCCGUCAGAUUGCCGCCCUCAACAUUCAACUCAGACGACGAACCGAGGUCCUGUGUGUCGUGCGACAUGAGCGCACACCCAUGCAUGCAUAACACAAAGGCGUGUGUGUAUGUCUCCCCGGCUCACCUUGAGCACUCCGGCCUGUCGGUUGUCGAUCAGACGCCCGACGCCCUCGGUGCUGAGGAUCUCCUGCACGGACAGGGCAAGUGCGUGUGCACAACGUGACAAGGAAGAGCCGUGUGUGGGUGUGGCGCGCUGGCUGACCUUCAUGGUGUCUCGCUCUCUGACGUCUGGAGGCAACAUCGACUCGAGCAACGCAUCGCUUCUGCAUGAGCGACACACGGACAUAUACAAACAUGACAACCGACAGACACCUGCAGCGUGGAUGCCCACUUUGUUGUGUCUCCAGGUCUGCUCUUCGGUUUGUCGUCCUGUCCUCCUUCCCCGAGUGCCAGUUCUGUGGCCUUGCGCUGCAGCGCCAUGGCCGCCUUGCCCACACCGAUGUCCUCCAAAAGCGCAUCUGCAUGCACGCGUCAGUAAACCGGUGAAUGAGGCAGACCAGAAUGGUCUGUGUGUGUGUGUGUGUGUGACCGAUGUUUGAGUCGAGCUGGCCGGUGUCUGGUUUGCGGCCACUCAGGUCUCCCUGCCACUGCACGUCCUCGAGGUCACACCGCUGAAGCAAAUCCUGCACACACACACACACACACACAACCAUCGCGCCCACCGUGACCAUCGUGUCUUUCAUGUCUCUCUUGGCGACGGUCCGUCACCUGCAGGGAGGCCACGUCGACCUGCUGCAUGUCUUUCUUGACCAUAUCUUCUGGCUUGAGCUCGGCCGGCUGCACUGGGAGGAAAGGGGGAGGGGGCAGCCGGGGGCGCUUGCGCAGAAACGACCACACCGACCGCCUGGGAAAAGGGAUACGCACACACAUUUCAUUCAUGCGCUUUGUGUGCGUGUGCCAUGGUAUGUGCCAUGUCUCUACCUGACGAGCUGGCAUUGGUCCUCUGCGCAGUUGGGCGGGGGCGCGGUCAGGCUUAGGAGACUCAGCAGGGCCGUCAUGAAACGACCAUCUCUCAUAAAUGGCUCGAGCUUCGGCACACGGACGAGCUGCAGCGUCAGAGCCAAUGCGGGAUACGGCAGGUGACGCGCGAAGGGCAGCACCGCAGCAAGAAACGCCUCCACCUCUUCAUGCCACGGCAUCUUCACCUCCGGCAUCUUGUCGCUCCCACGGCUGGACGCCCGGCUCAGGCCGCUCUGCGGCGUCCCCAGCAUCACCUUCCGCUCCCUGGAAGCAGGCUGCUGCAGGAAAGCCGACACCAAAGCAGAGGAGGAGUCCUGGGCUUUGGGUGACGGGAGUCGGGUGAUGGGUGGUGCCACUGGUCCGAGGAGGGGGGCGUCCAGCUGCUGACGGCUGGCAGACUUGGCUUUGGGGCCGAGGGAGGGGCGCUUGGGUUUGUGAGGGGGAGGGGGGAGGGGCGGUGGAGGGAGGGUGCCUUGGGGGUCGGAGAGUGCGACGUAUGCCACGAAGAUGGUGACUGUGAGGAGGGAUGCGGCCUUUUGGCGGAUGAGGACGGGGAUGAUGUGGCUGAACGACUUGAACAUGCCCUUGGUCAGCAACACCUGCAGACAUGCACACACAGACCCAUUGAUCAAUCAAUGUGUGUUGUGUUGUGUGGAUGAGUGUGGCGUUCGUUCCACACACUUGUUUCAUGGAGGGUGAGUUGGACACCCACGUGGAGACAGUCAGCACAAUCACAUGCAGCACCUGCAACAUGACAGACAUGCACCCCUCUCCCAUGAGACAGACAUCUUUCACCCCCCGAUCUCUUCCCUCUUGUCUCACCGGCUGGUCGAACAGCCACUCCAGCGCACAGGCAGCAAUCCUCCCACGUUCACUCUCCCCCAGCCCGCCGUACACAUCUGCACUCUCACUCUCCUCACCACCGAACGCCACGCUCUUUCUCUUGGCCAACCCUCCCCCGAGCACCACACCCUUCCCACCCAUCCCGCCCCCCUGCACCUUCGACAGCUCAGCCGCUACCGCAAUCUCGUUGUACGCCGCCGGCCAGUGGUGUGCGAUGGAUAUGUGCGUCUUGAGGAGCAGGGCGACCAGGGGCGGCCGUGUGGUGUCGACCUCCAUGAUUUGGCACGACAGGCGGCAGAAGAGGCGGAAUGGUGCGGGGGCCACCAGCACCCGGAGGAAAGGGCUGCUGCGCUGGCAGGAGAGCAGGAAGACCUGCAGGACUCGGAUGGUCUCUGCCGCAGAGAUGGAGGCCCGCAUGGUCGUUGAGGCGGGUGUCGCGGCGCCGCUUCCACCCUCGGUUGCGUGUGCUGCUCUGGGUGAGAGGUGCUGUGUGCGGGGGCCGGUUCCGAGGGCGUGUGACAUGCUGACGGAGAGUGGGGUGCCGGUUGGGGGGCGACGGACGCCCCGCUGGGCGGGGCGGUACAUGACGACACGCUUGAGAAUGGCCUGAUGGAUGGAUGUACACACAUGAACGGAGAGAGGUGAGGAGAUGAGAUGGAUGGGUGGCUGCACACGCGCACCAGGACGAGCAGGCGGUCUGGGGGUAGGGGAAGGCUCUCGCGCCAGAGAGACCGCAGACACACCUGAGACAGACACAGAGGAGCAACGCAACGCGCUAAAGAGAUAGGGUCUCAUAUACCUUUAUCCGUACCGUACCCGUAGUGCGUGCGCCCAAUGUGUGGUCAACAUGAAACACCCAUGUCUGCACGAGACAACGUCACACACUAACACAGCUACACCUGCCCUGCCCUUCACUUUUUUCUCGCCACACCUUCUGAGAAAGGCCGAUGUCUUGUCCCCAAUGCGCGGCGACGUCACCAGGACGAAGCGCCGUUGCGUGGUGGUGGCAGCGUCUUCAUCCUCCUCGUCGCCCUCCGCCCCCCCGGUGGCCUUGCUGCCCGAGGCAGACCCACCAGAGACUUCACCAGAUGGCGCCUCGCUGCGGGGGCUGACAGCCUGACUCCUGGCAGCGCUUUGGCUGGUGUCCAGUCUGACCUUGGUCUUCUCGAGACGCGCCACGGCUUCAAGGGUGGCCUCUCUUGUUGGCAGGUCUUGUGCUGUGUCCUCCUGCUGACCCGCCUCUGGAAAAGGAGAAUGGACGAACGGUCGAUUGUGUUGUGUGUGUUGUGUGUGUUGUGUGUGUGUGUGUGCACCCACCGGUGACGGGAGUCUUGACGCCCCUGAAGGCUUCAGACUCGAUGUGCAUCGGCCGCAACGACUCGUCAUCCGCCGUGCUCUCAGGGAUCGGCACGGCGGGAGACCUCGGAGACGCCGUCUGGAAUGGUUGGAGGCCACCACACACACACACACACACACACGUCUCCUCACUUUCUCACACGGUGCUAUCGGCUCACCUUUCCGGUUGCCUGCAUCAUGCCCAGCUCAUUGGCUGUCUUGGUCAGCAUCUCGUCAAAGACGCGAUAGUCGGCAGUCGGGGAGUCUUUGGCCUGCGGCCGCCCCUUGCUGCUGUCCUUGCUGGCCUGCAGCUUGGUCUGAGGGGUUCCCUUGGGGGUCUUGGUGCGCAUCUCCUUCAUCUCUUUGGGGAUGGGGGGCUUGUCCAGCACCAACAGACACUGCAACCAACAAGUCCGUCCAUCCAUCCACACACGGUAGGUGAGACAUGGGAUACCUACCUGUGCGAGAUCUUUAAGUAGGUUGAUCAGCUUGAGUUCCAUCUCGAGUGUCAGCUCGGGCGACAAACCAACCCACACGCCGCCACCAGCAGCAGUCGGGGCAGGCUGCCCUCCCACUCCAAGCGAUGGGAUUGCUACCUGGGGCGGCGCACUUGAUGGCGCUGUAGGCAAAGGAUGGAUCGUCUCUAUGUCUGUCUCCAUUUGGCAUGGAUGCGUACCUCCUGGCGGCCCGUCGAGUGUGGCCCUGAACUCCAGCUCCUCCUCAGAUGACGCUGCGUCGCGAUCUGACAGACACACACAAAAAAGUGCUGGGGGUGUGAUGGCCAGUUAGUGUGUCUGUCUGUCUACCUGCGAGUCCUGCAGGUGGUCGUCUGGGGCUGCCUGUGUCUGCCGAUGCUGCCUGCUGCAUCUUCUUGUGUGCCACACGCGCCUGCGUCUUAAGCACUACAGGCACACACACGCACAUCACAUCAUCAGGGGAGAUGGGAUGAGCAUUUCUCUCCCCCUCACGUCUCAUCUGGUCGAGAGAUGUGACUUCGAAUGUUCCUGAGGGAUGGAGAGAGACAGACGGAAUUGCACACUCGCCGGAGUGAGUGUUGCUUCCUCACCUCCGUUGUGUCCCAGCCAGUCCAGAAGACGCUCAAAGGUCUGAGUGCGACACAAACAAACAGAGGUGUACAUGUGUCCACCCUCCAUAUGUUUGCCCUGCUCUGCCUUGGGUGGUGUCUUUGCCUGGCUGACCACGCAGAGCAAUGAGUCGAGGUCUUUAGGGAAUGCGUAUCUCGAUGGCGGUAUGUCUUGGUACAGGAAACACAGAAAGACAUACAGCAAGCUGCAGUAGGGCAGGUUGUCGUACUCGAGACGCAACCCCUGCGCACAGAGGCACACAGAGGCACGUGUGGUGUGCAUACCAUAUCUGCCGUGUGUCUGUCUGGUCAGGUCAGUCUAGCCUGCCUGCCUGCAAUGUGCGGAGGAAGGUCUCCAGCACUUGCUGCGCCAGGCUCUCCGGGUAUUGUGCCGCGAAACGGCGACACACACGGAGGAGAGAGGGCAGCAGAGCCGACUCCAUCAAUCCACGCUUCGUCGUCGCCACGCUGAGCAUAAGAGAUAGAUACCCCGAAUUUUCGUUCAGCUAUUGUUUGUGCGUAGAUGGAAGUGGUGACUGACUGACGUUUUGAGCACUUCCUUCAGUAUUGGCCUCGCUUGGAAGCUGGCCAGGGGCACCACCUCCAGCAGACAGCACUGGACGCACAGCAACAAACUGUCCUCAAGCAGAGAGAGACACGUGCCGUCUUCCACAAAUACCAACCAGGUCUGCUUGCAUGGGCUUGAUUUGGAAGUACUGGCGGAAGCACAUCUCCACCACGCUGCAUCCGCCCAGCGGAAAACACACACACGCGCACAUCGUUCAUGUGUGAAUGCAUUGAGUGUACGCACCCUCCUGCCUGCGACACACUGUCUUCGUUGAUGUAGACCGACAGGAAGCCCGCUGCCUGGAUGAAUCGAUGAGAGACAGGUACAUUCACACGCAGAGAGACAACUGUCGUCGCAACUGACCAUUGCGAUAGCGGCCCUGACGCACUCGAAGUCCUUGGCCAUGGCGGCUGUGGUGCAGAUGGCCGGCAGGGACACGUCAACCAGCGCAAGAAUGUCGCGCAAGUGCUGCAUGGUGCACAGAACAUCGCAGAAGUCACCAUGUCUCGCUGCGGUCGGGUUGAGGUGCUCACUUCCUGCAGCCUUGGUUCGCACGUGGCCACCCUCCUCCAAGCCCUGCACAGCUGACGGCAGGCCAAGGCACGCACCUGGGGAGGCGGCAGCUGGUUGGUCUCCACAGGGGCCUUCCAGAUGCCAAGACCAGACACCAUCGCGUGCAACACCCUGAGAUGGAAGAAUCCGAGGGCAUGGAUACUCGCCUCAGAAAAGGCAUCGGUGAAUGAAUGUGCUGGCUGGCUCACUUGUAGAAAUUGUCAACUAGCGCCAGCACAGGGUGCUGCGGCGCCUUGGUUGUCGGAGGGGUCUCUGCAAAUGAAAGAGGCAACCUGGAAUCGUGCCCUUGCUCGCGAGUGGCCCAGGUAUGUGUGUCUGUUCGCACCGUGGCAGACACUGAGGAGGUGCUGCGAUGCCAAGGCACUGACCAUGUUGAACAGCUGCACAUACUGAUCUGUAUGUGUUGGGUGCGGACAUAGACAGAUAGACAGAUGGAUAGGUUGAGAGAAGAGAUUGGAGGAAGACCAGUCAGUCAACUUACCAACAGUGGCCUCCCUCCUCUCCAUGAGUGUGGCCAGCACCUCAACAUUCGAUGGCUCAACAACCAUCGCCCUGACAUACAAAUGGCCAUCCAAACAACGCCCAGGUGUCUCGUGCAUCGAUCGCACCUUGCGAGUAUGUUGUUGGUGAGGAGGUUGGCCACCACGUGGCAAACGAUCGUCAGGGACGCGUUGCUCGCUCCCGUCUUCUCGGCCGCCAAAUGUCGCUGUUCACGAGGAGAGGCCAGCCGUCAGCCAGCUGGUGCUUCUGUGGUCGACUAGGCGAUUGAUUCGCUUACCAUGACAGCCGAGGUGCCUUCGAAGGGAUUUGUCCGCGAGAAGUUUGACGCAGGAUCAGAAUACACAUUGGCUGCAUUGCAUUGAUCGAUCAAAAUGCAAUAUGUCUCACGUUAGUUGCCAGACACACCUAGACAGCCCCCCUUCCGCUCUCCUCUCCUUCCCCACCUGUGUGUGUGAUUGUUUUAUCGUCUCGUGUGAGGACAGCCAGGAAGUUGAGCCAGUAGAUGAGCAAAUCCUCCAACACCUCACUCUCCUUGGUACCGCCGGUAGGCGCAAACAGACGACCUGAUGGUAAGACACGACCACACACAGAAAUGCCGGCAAUGCAUUCACAAGGCAGGCAGGCGGCGUGAGAGCUGACCGACUCCCCCCUUGUCUGAGAGGCAGCGGGCCAGCUCCCCCAGGUGAGAAAGACCGACAAGCACAAAGUUGAACCGCGUCCUGCAGACAGCAUGGUGACCAUGGGAAGGCAUUCGUCAGUGCAAAAGGCCUGCCUGUGCCAUACCACACUCCCCUCACCGCCCAUCCGCUUACCCAAGCUCCUCUCUGCUGGUUUGGUUGUCUUCGAAGGUGAUGAGUAUCUUGAGGAUGAGCAGCUGCCGCAGCCAUUCGCUGCCUAUGAGGAACUGCCGCGCCAGGAUGGGGAACAGCCCGACAUUCUGCGCGACGGCCCUGUCUUGAGGACUCUGCACGGCCUCCAGGACGCGUGUCAGACACCUGUCCAGCUCGUAGCCCUCACGCAGUGUCAGCUCCCGGAGGAGAUAGCGCAUCUGCUGCACCGCCUUCGCCAUUUCUCUUCCCCU